CCCGGUCUAUCAACUAACAUUCUCUGCACUUUACGUGCAGAUUUCUGUGCUAGUUUAUUUAGCUGCCAUCGCUAAACUGACGUUUCCCUAUACUCUCGGUGACAGCAUCCUAUCAACUGCUGUAUCUUAGGAAAAACUACAUAAUCCUACGAGUGUGGUCUAGACCACAUAUAGCUAUGUCUCACAAAAUUUCUAACCUAAAUGUAGUCGGACUUGAAGAACCAUCCAAAUACAUUAAGCCAUACCGAAUGAACUUUAUCCAGGAUGGUCGGCAACGCACAUGGGAUGGUAUUCUAGCACAUGAUAGUGUUUCAAUACUUCUGUAUCAUUCUGAGAAAAAGUCGUUACUUUUCGUAAAGCAGUUUCGCCCAGUUGUAUACUAUUCAAAGUUGAGAAAGCUUGGACUUAUCCGAAGUGUAACAGAUGGUCCAGUUGAAAGCAGUGAGAUUAAUCUCCCAUCUAGCAAAAUUGGGGAAACAUUAGAACUGUGUGCUGGAAUAAUCGAUAGAGUUCAAAAUAAUCCAAAGUUAUAUGCUGUUCAAGAGGUUUUGGAAGAAUGUGGAUAUAAAAUCAAUGAAGAUUCCUUGCAUUUAAUAAAUUCGUUUUAUUCAAGUGUUGGAUUAGCAGGUACUGAAGUAACUUUAUACUAUGCUGAAGUGCAUGAAAAUCAGAAAGUUCCUAACGCUGGUGGUGGAUUACAUGAAGAAGGUGAAUAUAUUGAAGUCAUAGAAUGGCCUAUUUCACGAAUUGAAGAACUAUUUCAAAAUGGUACCAAUGGUACUCAUCAACAACCUACUUCACUGUCAUUAUUGUAUGCAAUAAUGUGGUUCAAACAGAAUAUUCUGCCUUCUUUACUUUUAGAAAGUUAGUUUUUUUAUUGACCGAAAUUAAAUUCGUAUAUGUGAAGGAAGGUAGAAGCUUACAAACAAUUAGAUUUAUUUUAGUCACUUCAUAUUAUAAAUGUGUCUUACUGUUUCUUAGUUGAAAUCAUCAUCUUUCAUCGUAUGAAUUAGCCAGCAAUACACUUUUCUUUAUUCUUUCACUUAUAAAAAACACUACCGAUCAAAUUAAAAUUAUUUCCAUCUUUCUGUAGAAAUUCAGUAGGUUUGACGAAAAUUCUAUAAUCUUGUGUUUUCUCUUGGAAAUAUUUUCAAGAGAUGAUAUUUGGUCAAUGUUAACAACUAUUUGUUUCUUCUUUAUGCAAUGUAAUGCUUUUAAGACAUUCAAUCAGAUUUAGCUAAAUAGGAUUUCCUUUUUUUUAAAGUGUACUCCAAGGUAAGUCUGUCAUCACAAAACUUUUAUUCUUUUAUGAAUAAACAUGACUUUCAUAUUGUAUCAUCUUCAGUCAAAGCUACAAUAAACUUUCUUAGUGCA